CCGUAUACACAUGUUUUCCGAAGUUUGACAGUAGUGACUAGUGAAGUGAGAUGUAGGGGUGUUGUGGUGUUGCUCGGUCCCAAUGAUAGAGCCUAGCGUAGAAUUCCGUCCAUUUUAUUAAGAGUAGGAAGUGCCUGUUAAGUCACUAUUGAAGAGUGAUAAUUAUGUAAAGUAGAAUCAUAGAAAGAAAUGUCAUCAACGAAAACUGAAACGGAAUGUCUUGAGUCUUCUGCAAAUGUGAUGUAUCAAGCCCUCAGCGAACUAUGCAAGAACAAUGCAGCGUUUUUCCAGCAUGAUGAUACUGAAAGUGGACAACGCCUGUAUGCUGGUUUCCUUGCUGUCAUGGAUCACGUUGAAGUUGUCGGCCCAUUAGUGGAAAAAGUAAGGAAAGUGGCUCCUCAGUAUGACUUGGAUGUGCGGACACCUGGUAACGGAUAUCGCAGUUUCGUGGUGAUGGUUGACUCCUGUGUUACCCACUGUAUGAAACUGAAUAAAGAGAUUUGCUCAUCUCGUGACUCUAUUCUCUUUCGGAAGAGUGCCUACGUCCGCAAGGUAGAAUCAUGUGGGCAAGUGCUGGCAUCACUUGGAACUGUUGCCAGACAUAUACAUACCCUCCUAUCAUGGUCACCCCCUGGAGAGCUCUUCCCAGCUGACAAACAUUCACCAGAAGAACUAUUGAGGCAAGCAGAAAAUGUCAACAUGUAUUGCUUCUAUGGGUACUGUCUUGGGCUGCAGUUCUGUGAGUCCAUGCGUUCCUGUCUGAAGUUCAUUUCAAUUUGCAUGGCAUCCUUCAGUGAAAUUUAUUAUGGGAAUCAUGGUUCAUGGUUUAAGGCUGCUAGUUCAUUGUGGACAGGUGGAAAAUUUGCUGUGGACCCAGAAUUGAGAGCCAGGAGGAUUGUUAACAUCUCACAACAUGCCUCAGUGGAUUUUUGUAAAUCAUUUUGGUUGCUGGCUGAGACAGAAAUUAUGGCACGGAUGCAAGGAGUUGUGGGGCCCAGUAUGGCAGUUAACCAAGUGAUGCUGCUUCCACCCGAACCUUUGAAUGUGAGUGGUGUUGCAGUACCUGUUCCAACAGCUCAUUUUGGACCACGGCCUUUGCCAGUCAGACUUCUGCUGGCACGGAAACGAGCUGGCAUGGUUGGAAGUGGUGCAACUGGUAGCCAGCCCAGCUCACAACUGGUUGUGCAUUUACAUGGCGGGGGGUUUGUGGCUCAGAGUUCCCGCUCCCAUGCAAGCUACUUGAGGGAGUGGGUUGCACGAUUGGAUGUUCCAUUUCUUUCUGUUGACUAUUCCCUUGCACCUGAUGCACCAUUUCCUCGUGCCUUAGAAGAAGCAUUGUAUGCAUACUGCUGGGCCCGGACGCAUGCCCGCAUGCUAGGGGCAGCAGAUGAUGCACAAAUCAUCAUGGCAGGUGAUUCUGCAGGAGGAAACUUGUGCCUUGGUGUGACUCUGAAAUGCUUGGAACUUGGUAUUCCUCCACCGUCAGGUCUCUUCCUGGCUUACGUACCUGUACUGUUAUCUUUUGUGCCGUCUCCAUCGCGCCUUCUCUGCCUUUUUGAUCCGCUGCUGCCAUUUGGGUUCAUGAUGCGUUGCCUCAAAGCGUAUACAUGCGGUCGAGCCGAUGCAGAAUCUGGUGCUAUGGAGUCAGAUUUGGGUGACACGGAGUCCGUGUGCGAUGAUGCAACCGAUCAUGCUGCUCGCGAGUCUGCGGCUUCUCUGUCGGGAAAUGACACUGACACACUCACUGCAGGGUCACUCACUUCAUUACAGCCAGAGUGUGAACAGCAGGGCCUGCAGCAGCAGCAGCAGCAGCAGCAGCAUUUACCAUCACCACCCCUACCAUCCCCUCCACAACAACAACAACAAAAUAAUGCAAAUGAAAGUUCCAGAUACGUGUCUGAGUUCUUGGAGCGUUAUUUGGGUGGUGAAGCUGUUGCCAUAUCUGAACAGCCUAUAGUGCAGCAGCAUCAGAAUCAACAUCAGCAACAACAACAACAACAGACAAUGACAGGACACUGUCUGUCACAGAACAGUUUGUGCAGGACCACCAACCAUUCAAGAUCUCCAGCUGAUGUGAACCCUAUAAACAUGUCUCUGGAUUCCAUGAUGCAGCGAAGUCCGUCAGCGGAAUUGUGUUUUACUGUUCCUCCUGAUCCUCUGCUGUCACCAUACUUAACAAGUGACUCUACCCUACAAAAGUUCCCUCCAGUUGGUAUUAUGUCAGUAGAAAUGGAUCCCUGUCUGGAUGAUUGUGUAAUGUUUGCACGGAAACUGCGUAACCUUGAUGUUCCUGUCACCCUGGAUGUCCUACCUGGACUUCCUCAUGGAUUCCUGAAUUUUUCACCGCUGAGUAAAGAGGCUCAUAGUGGAUCAAUGUUGUGUGUGCAGCGUAUCCAGCAGUUGUUUGACAAGGCAUCAAGAUCAGCCUCACCAUCAUUAUCUCCUUCAUCAUCUUCUACAUCAUAGUAUGAUUUCUAUUCAGGUUGCCUUCGUAGUUGAUGAGACAUAAAUGUUUGAUACAAAAUACAGUACUUAUAUAAAAUUUUAUGUUUUUGUUAUACAUUGGUGAUUCAGUUUUUGUAGAAAUACAGUUUUCAGGUUCUGAGAAUGUUAUUGUUCGCACAGCAAAUAUAAGCAGCAUUUGUUUAGCAUCUUGCUGUGUGAAAUACUGUGACAGUUUUAUAUUGUUAGUUAAUUUCAGUUAAAUUAUUAUUCAGUAUGUUUACUGGCCAUGUUAUACUUUGUGAUGAUCUCUCUAUUUGAAUGUGUGUGGAUGCAUAACUUCACUAUAGUAAUUAUUUAUUUUCAUGAGGUUGAGAUUAUUUAUUGUUGUCAAUGGUGGUUUCAAUGCCGCACAAAGAUACAUUUGAAGUGUCAGUAACAUGCUAUGAACAUCUCUUUCUUGCUCUGUAUCUCAGGAAUAGACAAUUUCACUGUUAAAUCUGCUAUGUAAGAGCACAUUGCAAUUGUUGUUACCCUUAGAAAGCUACUACAUGUUAAAUUUUGUGUGUUGGAAGCCUCAAUUUUUAAUAUUGUAUGGAUGGCACAUAAUUCUUUUGUAUGCUUCUAUGUGGUUUCUAAAAAAAAACAUGCACUGUUUAUUCCCCGUGUUAUGGCCUGUGAUAUUUUAUCUUUUGUUCAUAAUAAACUUGU